GUCAGAGGCGGGAGGCCGCCGGCCCUGCUGGUGGCAACAGGCAGCUGGGUGCGCGUGGGUGGCAGCUAGGAGGGGCGGAGGGAGGAAGCGGGCUUCCUGAGGCCUCCCCAGCCCUCAGAGACAGACAGACAGACAGACAGCUGGCAAGAGGCGCCUGGGGACACAGCCACCUCGCGGCCACCACCCUACGCCCCUGCAGAGAUCCUGGCCUUCCCACAGAGUGACGCUGCUGCUUCCUGGGGAACAACGGAAGACAGCGAGAAGACCCGAGGUGCCCAAGGGCAGAAGGCUGCCCAACAGCCUAGAGGCCAAGCCACAUGGCCGUGUGAGCUCCCGGGGACGCCGCCCCCAGCAUGGUCCAGGCCCAGGGGCCGCUCCAGAGCAACGCUCCGGCCUCCCCAUCGCCCUCAUAGUUGCCUUCGGGGGCAGCCAUGACCCAGCCUCCGCCAGACCAGGCCCCAGCCAAGAAGCACGUGCGGCUGCAGGAGAGGCGCGGCUCCAACGUGGCCCUGAUGCUGGACGUGCGGUCCCUGGGGGCUGUGGAGCCCAUCUGCUCCGUGCGCACGCCCCAGGAGGUCACGCUGCACUUCCUGAGCACGGCCGGGCGCCCCCUCAGCCGGCAGGCCCUGCAGCACCAGCCGCCCAGUCCCACACAGCUGGAGGAGGAGUUCCUGAGGAUCCCCUCAAACUUCGUCAGCCCCGAAGACCUGGAUAUUCCUGGCCAUGCCUCUAAGGACCGAUAUAAGACCAUCUUGCCAAACCCCCAGAGCCGAGUUUGUCUGGGUCGGGCACAGAGCCAGGAGGAUGGGGAUUACAUCAAUGCCAACUACAUUCGGGGCUACGGCGGGCAGGAUAAGGCCUACAUUGCCACCCAGGGCCCCAUGCCCAACACGGUGUCGGACUUCUGGGAGAUGGUGUGGCAGGAAGAGGCGCCCCUCAUCGUCAUGCUCACGCAGCUCCGAGAGGGCAAGGAGAAGUGCGUCCACUACUGGCCCACAGAGGAGGAGGCCUACGGGCGCUUCCGCAUCCGCGUCCAGGACGUGCGGGAGUGCCCGGAGUACACCGUGCGGACGCUCACCAUCCAGCACCAGGAGCAGGCCUGUGCUGGAGGGAGGCAGGGCCGGGACCUGAACGCGGGUCUCUGCUGCCCCUUCCUCACGCCCUGCCCCCGCCCAGCACCAGGAGCAGCGCCGGGCCCUGAAGCACAUUCUCUUCUCGGCCUGGCCCGACCACCAGACCCCAGAGUCGGCGGGGCCCCUGCUGCGCCUGGUGGCCGAGGUGGAGGACAGCCCAGAGACUGCGGCCCGCUCUGGGCCCAUCGUGGUCCACUGCAGCGCAGGGAUCGGCCGGACUGGCUGCUUCAUCGCCACCCGCAUCGGCUGCCAACAGCUGAAGGCCCGAGGGGAGGUGGACAUCCUGGGUAUCGUGUGCCAGCUGCGGCUGGACAGGGGAGGCAUGAUCCAGACGGCAGAGCAGUACCAGUUCCUGCACCACACCCUGGCCUUGUUCGCCGCCCAGCUGCCGGAGGAGCCCAGCCCCUGACCUGGAGCCCUCCCUGCCCGGGGCCGCUUCCCCGGGCCUGGGGAAAGGGGGCCUCACGACCUGGGGAAUCCCCAGGGGCCUAUCUGGGGUCCCGGAAGCUGGCCAGUGAGGACGAGGCCAGACACUGGCUCUUGAGCACUAGCCACUGCCCCCUGCCCCCAGUGGACACAGGGGCGACCCCCAUGUGAGAGCCUCGGUCUCCUCCUCGGACAUGGAUCUGGUGUUGCUGCCACUAGGGCAGAGCAACCUGAGGGUGCCCAGAAGCUGCUCCAGCUGCACCCCCUUCCUGGGGCUGGCAAGAAAGUGACCCCAAGAUCAUACCCAUCCCGGGUAUGUUCUCGGUCCAGCCCGAGAACAGGCCGAUGGCCGGAGUUGGCAAAAGCCUGGUGCUGCCUUGGCUAUGUCCUCAGCAUCCUGCUAGGGACUCUGCCUCCUCACCCCACAUCAGAGGCCAGACACCCCCAAGAGAGCAAAACCCAGACCAGCCCCGUGCCCACACUGGGGUCUGGUGAACAGGCUACAGAAAUGACCAGACCAAACAGUUAAAGUCUCUAGAAGAAGGAAAGUGUGGGAACACCUCCUGGGGUCCAGACUGCUGCCCCUGCCUCUGUACCUGCCAGCCACCCACCCCAGCCACUCCCAUGGGAGACCCUGCGUCCUCAGCCUGCCUGCCAGCCUCAGAAGGGACGUGAGUGCCCAGGAAGAACACAAGAACUGAGCAAGGAGCUGAGAGCACUGCCUGACUCCAGAUAAGAGCCCCGCCAUGCCCUUCUCCCUGCAGAGCACACCUGGACCGCACGCCUCCAUUUUCCACCAGCAUCCUGGAUUAAAGCACCUAUGUGGGCCAGGGGCUCAGGCUGAACAGGGUCCGCCACAGUUUACCCUAGAGAGCGAACUGCCCUCCACGUCUCUCGUCAGCACGAGUCCAGGGCCCCCCAGGUCUAGUCUCAGGGCUGACCACCACCUGGGAGUGAACUCACUCCUCCUGAAGCUUUCCUGCCUUCAAGAGGCACUCCCGCUGCCCAUGGAACUCAGACACCCCCCCCCCAGGAGGAAAGCUGCUACGUGGCGGCGGGUCCCCCUUCCUGGGUGCUGCUGCCCCAACCCUGUCCAGACACGAGGACAGGCCGUGGAGAAUAACAGGUGGGGAAAUAAAGGCUUCUUCUUGUC